AACAUGAAAAAGAUAUAUAUUGGAAAAACCGCACUCAAAGCCUCUCGAAAUGGUUGUAAACACCAGAAAAGAAGUUCCCUGCAGGAGCAGAAAGAAGACCUGCGUAAGCGCCUCUCCUACACCACCCACAAGCUGGAGCUGCUGGAGGCUGAGUUUGACUCCACACGCCAGUACCUGGAGACAGAGUUACGCAGGGCUCAGGAGGAGCUGGAGAAAUUCACGGACAAACUACGCAGGAUACAGAGCAGCUAUGCCGCGCUGCAGAGAAUCAACCAGGACCUGGAGGAACAGAUCCACCAAACAGCACAGCAGCACGAGGAGGAGAAGCGCGUCCUCAGUCGGGAGAUCAUCGUUCUGAACAAUCACCUGAUGGAGGCCAAGAUCACCAUCGAGAAGCUCAGAGAGGACAAUGACCUGUACAGGAAAGACUGCAACUUAGCGGCCCAGCUCCUCCAGUGUGGGAAAUCUCAUUACAGACACCAUGAGCUGUCUGAGUUGCCCAUUGACUUUCAGGAGAGGGUCAGCUCUCAAAUAGAGAAGCACAAACGGGGGAGGACCUCUGCCCUCUGCCACUCCCCCUACUCCGAUGCUGUAUCCACGUCGGUCAUCGCCAAAGUUCUGGCAAAACCCGAGCCUGUCAGCAGUUGUCCCGUGACCCGUUCUCCCAGUCCCCAGCCCCAAGAACCAAACUUCUUGUCCAACAGCGGCAUUGGCAGCGAGCAACACCUGACCCGGCGAAUGGCCUACAAAUCCUCGGACCUGUACUGCAGCGACACCGCGCUGUACUGCCCGGUGGACGAACGGGGACAGGACCGCUGGCAGGAACGCAGGCAGAGCAUCGACCUCCACGGGAGAAAGACCACUCUGCUCAAAGCCCAGAACUCCACCGAUAGCAACCCCGACGAGGACGGCUACCACCCCGGUUUCCCCCUUCCUGACCCGUCCUUCCACGACUUUGCGGUGUCCAUCCCCGCGUCCAGCUCAUACUCCAGCUUCAGCAUGGCGUCUGACGACAAGGGCCAAGCCCCCAGCAGCACCCUCUCCUCCUCCCAGCAGGCCUUGUUCAUGGAAUGGCGGGAGGGCAGCUAUGAGCACAACAAGAACGCAUCUUCAUUCGAGAAGGACAGCCCAGAGUUCUCAAAGUCGCACAGUUUCCAGCACGUGGACCACAGUCCUCAGGACGGCAACUCGCCGACCUACACACAACACACGGCUUCUGUUUACAACGAGCUUUUCCACCGCUCUCCACGCCUCACCUCCUCCCACAGUGUGGGGUCGGCCGGGGCGCAGAGGGACGGUCACGGCGGUCUCCACAUUACCGAGGACGAGUUUAUGGGCCGCUGGAGGCAGCUGAGCGUGGAGGACCUCAACGCGUUUUCCUAUCGCAGCCCCGGCCGGGUCUCCCCCUACAGCUUCUCCGAGCAACACUUUGCCAUGGGCCCCGCCAAGAUCAAACUGGGUCCCCUCUACAGCAGCUUCCAGGAGGGAGAUGACAUGUUCCACCCACCACAGAGGCCUGAUUCUUGUUUUGCUGCCGAGUCACCCACAUCAAGCCCCGGACAAAAGCAAAGCCUGGGCUCCCGGAAGCCGGAGAAAGGGCCCGUUUACCGGUCAAGAGAGAGCAGUCAGGAAUCGAAGGGCAGUCUCCUCCACACGGGAAGCUCCAAGGAUAAGGACAGCAGCGUGAGCGGCGUGAAGAAAGAGUACGUGGACAUGAGUCUCAACAGCUCAGCCGAGUCGUUAAACCAAAGUCUGCAGGAGACCUCCAAUGUGCAACACUUCCAGAGGGACCUGCAAAGCCCUGGACAGCAAAAGAAGACCCUUCCACAGUACCAAAAAGCCGGAAGCACAGGACUCAGUCGUAAGGAUAGUCUCACCAAAGCACAGCUCUAUGGUACUCUCCUGAACUGA